GCACAUUCCAGUGUGUGUCUCUAGAGUGAGUGUGGAAAUUCCAGAGCCUGUUUCAGGUUUGGCUUGACGGGAAAAAGCAUGGACUCUAGGAAAACCCACUCACUCUCAAACGCACUGCCUAUAAAAGGGGAAGAGGCUCGCAGCAGCUCCACACUCCUUUCUCCUCACGUCUAGUGGAUCUUGCAACCUGCUCGAGCUCUCACUUUCCCCAACGAGGGAUCUCAGGACUUGUUUGUCUCUCAAAAGAAAAAUGGCCUUGUCACAGAAAAGCUUUUCUCUCCUGUUGGUUGUUGUGGCUGCAGUUUGCAUUCAGCUCUAUCAAGCUCAUGACUUUCCUGGACGCUGCUCAUGUCACGACACAAUCAAGUUCAUCAAAGGCAAUAUGUCAGAUUUCCAAGUCCUUGAAAGGCGACCUGGAUGUGAUAAAACUGAAUUCAUUGUAACCAUGAACAAGCCAGACAACUCAACCGAGAAAAUCUGUAUGAAUACUGAGGGAAAGAUGGCCAAGGCUUUUUUGAGAUGCUGGGAAAGGAUAAACAAAGACGAGAGCCGUAAGAUGGAGUGCAUCGACAGAAAAAGGAAGGCAAAGUAAAAGUACAAGAGGGGGAGGCCUGACUGGGGAGGAAAGUUAUCUGGACCAGAGUCCCAGAGGUGACAUGAGGACUGAAGCAAGAAUGCUGAGAGCAGAGCUUUCACUGAACUCCUGCACUGGAGACGACUGGGAAAUGACAGCGAGAGGGGAAGAGCGGUGGGAGGGGCAGGAAUGGGAGAGAAUGGAGUAAAGAAGAGAAGUUAUGGAAGUUAGGGGAGAGAUAUCUACAGUAUAUGUACAGUACUAUAGCAGCAGGUCUAUGUAAGAAGGCCGCUGUUGAAAUGCACGCAUUUAUUUUUUUGCUUGACAUAACUAUUAUUUAUGCUGACUUAUUUAUUUAAAAAAAGGCUUUAAUUUUUUAUUUUUUUUUUACAAAUGAGUCCAAGCAAAUAAAUGAUGAUUUUGAUACAA